CGGGAAAACCGAAUGUGACCAAAACCGAAAUCAGAUCCAAACCUUUCUAAAUCAGCAAGAUAUUUUAAGCUUUCUAUUUGAUCAUAUCUCGCCAAGACAUACUCCAAAGACACGACAUUAUGGCAGAAAAAGCAGAAGACUUAAACUUACCAAAUGCCGUUAUCGCUCGACUAGUGAAAGAUGUACUUCCUGAUGGUGUUAACAUUGCUAAGGAAGCCAGAUCAGCGAUAGGAAAGGCUGCAAGUGUAUUUGUUCUCUAUGCCACGUCAUGUGCCAACAAUAUUGCCAUUUCUGGCAAAAGAAAGACACUUACUGCAGCUGAUGUGCUUCAGGCUUUAGAGGAAAUGGAAUUUGAAGAGUUCCUUCCAAAGCUCCAGGAAAACCUUGCAGCAUUCAAGAAAGAACAGAAAGGCAAAAAAGAGGCAGCAGCAGAAACAAAAAGAAGAAAAUCAGAGAUCAGUAGUGAAGAUUCAGCACCUGAAGCAAAAAAACAAAAGACAGAUGAUGACAAUGUACCAUCAGAUUCUAAAGAAAAAAGUGAAAAUGGGACAAAGUCUUAAGACAUUGUUAAUCAGAAAUAAGGGAAUGUUCAUUUUUUACAGGACAAUUGGGUGCUGGUGGGAUUUUGUGAUUUGUAAGUAAAAAAAAGUGACCUCUUCCCAACCUGAAUUUUUUUACAUGGCCCUCUAUUAAAACAGGAUAAUAUAUUAUUAUAUUUUUUGCGUGGCACCCCCUAAAUCCCACCAGCCUCUCCCCCAUAUGCCUGUAAAAAAUGAACUGUCCCUAAAUAGAGAGGGAAGGAGAUUAUUAGCUGACAUUUUUAAUUCAACUCAAAGCUUAAAACAAGUUGCUUGCAUUCUUAGAGCAUAUUUUGACCAGAAACAUGUCUUACAGAUGUAGCACAUAUCAUUCUUAAGUGUAGAGUGCUUUUUUUCAAAUAAGUUAAGCCACUGUUCUCACCAGUAAUGUUUAUCUAGACCAUCAUCAAAAUAAAAAACAUGAAAAUUUCACUCAA